CGGUUCUUCGGGUCUGUAUGUGAGUUCGGGAUCUCCUUAUCAUGUCCUACGCGGGUGAUGGAGGAACGUGCGGACCCGGACCGACACCGGGACAGAAUCACGGCGGAUCAAGUCCGGCGUGCGGUGCGACUAACCCGCGAAAGUUCAGUGAGAAGAUCGCGCUGCACACGCAGAGACAGGCGGAGGAGACGGCGGCGUUUCAGGAGGUCAUGAUGGACCUCACCUCCACACGGAUUCAGGCACAGAAUGUCCGAUUGGCCAGAACUCAGGGCCCGUAUUACAGCGGAUCUCUGCCCAACGUCAACCAGAUCGGCAGGACCGCAUCAGACCUGCAGGGCUCCUUCCAGUCUCCUUUGGACUCCAGUCGCUCCACACGGCAUCAUGGACUGGUGGACAGAGUACACAGAGACAGACGCUUCAUCUCUCCCAGCAGGCCUUACAGGAGACAAAUAGACAGCUCUCACAGCAGCUCUGUGUAUCUGUCCCCACCCCCUGACCCCAGCUGGAGAAGGAACUGGAACAGUAAUUUUCCCACGGACAAGAGCCAGAUAUUCCAUCAGCUGCCAACCACAGCGCUCAACAGAACUAACUCCGAUUCUGCGCUGCACACCAGUGUGAUGAAUUCAACCGCUGGAGACCCAUUCAGAUCGGGACACACCCUCACUCCUCAGAACAGACAAGGGAUGCUCUCGUAUCCCGUCCCGCCCAUCGAGGAGAACAGCCCUGAUGAUGGACGACUCCUCAAACCCUGGGACUCCAGAAAGUUUCCACUGCUCUCUUCUCGACCAAAGUCCUGUGAGGUGCCUGGAAUCACUGUAUUUCCCUCUCCUGACCAGCAGGGCGGCGCUCCUCACGGCUCAACGAUGUUGAAUACGGGCGGCUCGCUGCCGGAUCUGACCAGUCUGCACUUUCCAUCUCCGCUGCCCACCCCGCUGGACCCUGACGAGCCCGGAUACCCGCCUCUCAGCGGGGGCAACAGCACGGGUAACCUCACCUCCACCCUCACCCAGCUGGGCAUCAACACAUCCAACGCCUUCCACUCACCAGGUCUCUUACCAUCUCUUCAGGGCACUCUGAGUAACCCCUCCCUCCAGUUGUCACUCAGCAACCCCAACAUCCAAUCAUCUCUCAGCAGUCACUCAUUCACCAACUCUCUGAGCUCCGCCUCCCUGCACUCGUCUCUCAGCAACCCCUCCCUCCAGUCCUCGUUAAGCUCCUCCUCCUCUCUGAGGUCAUCGCUCAGCAACCAAUCGUUGCACUCCUCCCUCAGCAGUCAGUCCCUCCAAUCAGCAUCCAGUAAUGCCUGUUACAGCGGCUCGGGGUCAUUUUCGGUGCAGCCGCAGGUCAGUAUGUCCCCUCGCAGACGAGCGCAGCUCUCUCCUGUCAGUCUGACCGCAGACACCCGCAGACAUCACCCCAAACAGUUCUUGCCCACCGUCUCCUCCACUCUCACCUCCAUCACGCAGGGUGUGGCUCUAGACACCAGUCAGUUACAGGGGGAUCAGAGGUCGCCUCAGUAUUCUUUCAGUCAGCCGCAGCAGAUUCAGAAAGGUCUUGCUCCUGCGCAAACGGGCAGCCACACGCACACGCUCCAGUCCUCAUCACAGACUGCACAGCUGUCCAUGCAGAACAUGCAGAACUUUCAAAUGCAGAGCCAGAACCUCAUGAGCUACGGGCCUGCAGAUGCGCAGCAGAACCAGCAGCGGCGGGACAUGCAGGCACAGACGGGCGGCCCGACAGAGCAGCAAUCAGCGCAGACUCAACCCAAUCCGCAGAACCAGUCCCUCCAUCCCCACCAGCAGCAAAUCAGUCCAUCUUUUAGCUGUGAACUGGACUUUUACAACGACGCCCUGUUUCUCAACUCUCUGUUGAACGACCCGUACCUGAAUCUGCAGUUAACCGGCCGACACAACCAGAACCAGAACCAGCAGGUGAGUUUGGACUCUCAGGUGGAGGGUUUGAAUGAUGAUGGGGGUUCUGAUCAUUCGGUAAAAGGUCACAGCAGUUCCUAUCACUGCCAGCAGGGGACGUUAGAGCUGCUGGACUCCACAGAUCAACAGCUGCUCACUCAGAGUCAGUGUUCGAGUUACAGCGAUGGGCGGCACACUGUACCCAACGUCUUACUCACAGGUGAUUCUCCGUCAGGCCUGUCUAAGGAGAUCACUAACGCUCUGUCGGGUGUCCCGGGCUUUGAGAUGGACCGGUUCUCUUCAGACGACCCGCUGGUGCUGGAGGGUCUGAGCAUGCUCACAGACGGAGACCUGAUGCUGGCCGACCCCGCGGUCGAGGACUCGUUCCGCUCGGACCACCUCAAAUGACAAGCGGGUCGUCGGUGACGGCGUUUGCUUUAUGACUGAUCUCCUCCUCGGGUCAUUAAGAGCAGGACGGACUGAUGAACGAGACAGAAAUGAGGGCGUGCCACUUUUAGGUGUCUUAGCGGCAUGCUAACUAAUGCACUUGUACACAUGCGCUUCUGCCCUUAAACUCUUUGUGCUUCUCUAAAGAUCUGUGUAUUAAACCCGCUACAGAUGACACGGAAGCGAAACAUCAAACACGUACAGCUCAAGUGUGCGACGAUGAUCUCAGGUGAAUGUUGAGUCACUAUAAACAUCUGUUUGUUUGAGCGGCUCGACCUGUCAACUGAAAUGAGUCAUGAGGGAAAUGAGGGGCGGGGACUACCUGUUUGUUUGUUUGUCAGGGGGCGGAGCUUCACUCACGUUCUGAGUGAAAGCCGCACAUGUUUGUUCUGUUGCGGCAUGAGCUGAAGGAUUGAAAUCGUGCAACUAAAUAUCUAUUUGUGUGUAACGGCUCUUUCCAACAUCCGCUCGAUCCGCUGACUCGUCAUGUGAUCAGAUUUACUGUGAUUAACUCGUCUGUGACCUCUUGUGCCGAUUGUUCUCCUGAGCGAGGCCAUAUUCAGCAGAGUUGCUAGAGAUGUUUAUGAGAUGUUUAUGAGAUGUUUAUGAUGGUUUUUCACCAGCGCGGUUGUGUUUACCUCGUGAACAGGUCCGGCGCGUAUAAAAGAAAGCAGGGAAUUAUAUUUGGCACACAAUAAUAAUAAAUGUAUAUAAGAAGGGAUAUCCUAUAUUUAAGAUCAUUACGUUUUUAUACCUAUAACUGAAAUAUAAAGUUUUAUAAGUUAUAUUAAAGUUUUCCUUCCCUGAAGAACAAUAAAAUUAUGCAUUUCUUUUGAGGUUUACCAUUAAUUUGCAUAUUCAAAUAAGCACAUUUUUGGGGAAAAAAAAUGACAAAUUCAGAAAUCUACACGUCUGUAAGUUGAACCAUGAAUAAAUGAUGAGAAUGUGGCAUAAAUUGGAGACAGAUUGAUGCCAUCUGCUGAAUAUAAUAUAUGAUAUAGAUGUCUGAUAACCUCAUUUUAUAUUUAAUCUCAACAUGUGCAUUUGGACAUAUAUUAAGACAUUAUCAAACUAUUAUUUGUGAAAGUUUAGCAUAUUAAAAGUGAUUUGAAGAGUUUAUGUCAUUAUGUCAAACCUGACCAUGAUGUUACAAUGUUACACAGAAUAAACAUUUAAUAUCAAAAUAAUAAUGUAAUAACUCAAAUGCAUAAUAAUGUCAAGAGAAUGAACCUCAUAGAAACAGAAAGUGCUUAAUUUCAUGAACAUAAUGUCAAAAUAAUAAUUAAUCAAAUCUUAAUGGUCUUAAAAUGGGCUUCAUUGUCUUUCAAAUAUACAACAUGAAUUCUUAUUUCUUUAAUUUUGGGGUGAAACAUCUGUGUUGUCGGAGGUGAAUCCCAAAAUAUCAAGCCAAGAUGGUGAUUUAUAUUUGUGCUCACGUGUGUUUAUAAAUGGCCUUAUCAGCUCAUGUAACGCUGCGUUUGUGUUCGCGGCUCUAUCUGUGAUAUAUCAGCUGUGACCGCGCUUUGGUGUAUUUUGCUUUAUGAUGGUUAAACUGUUGAGCUGUGACGAGAGAUUCCUACAGAUGUUCUUAAAGGGGCAGUUCACCCAAAAAUGAAAAUUCUCUCAUUAUUUCCUCACCCUCAUGUCAUCCCAGAGGUGUGACUUCCUUUCUUCACCAGAACACAAAUGAAGAUUUUUAGAUGAAUAUUUCAGCUCUGUAGGUUCAUACAAUGCAAGUGAAUG